AUGGAUAGCGACGAUGAGAUGGUGGAGGAAGCGGUGGAAGGGCACCUGGACGACGAUGGAUUACCACACGGCUUCUGCACAGUCACCUACUCCUCCACGGACAGAUUCGAGGGCAACUUCAUUCACGGAGAAAAGAAUGGACGGGGCAAGUUCUUCUUCUUUGAUGGCAGCACCCUGGAGGGAUAUUACGUGGACGAUGCCCUGCAGGGGCAGGGAGUUUACACUUACGAGGACGGAGGCGUUCUCCAGGGCACGUAUGUAGACGGAGAGCUGAAUGGACCGGCCCAGGAGUACGACACAGAUGGGAGACUCAUCUUCAAGGGACAAUAUAAAGAUAACAUUCGGCAUGGAGUGUGCUGGAUAUACUACCCAGAUGGAGGCAGCCUUGUAGGAGAAGUAAAUGAAGAUGGGGAGAUGACGGGAGAGAAGAUAGCCUACCUAUACCCUGAUGAAAGGACUGCCCUGUAUGGAAAAUUCAUCGAUGGAGAGAUGAUAGAAGGGAAGCUGGCUACUCUUCUGUCCACUGAAGAAGGAAGGCCUCACUUUGAACUGAUGCCUGGAAGUGCGGUGUACCACUUUGAUAAGUCAACUUCAUCUUGCAUUUCUUCCAAUGCUCUUCUUCCAGACCCGUAUGAAUCGGAGAGGGUUUAUGUUGCUGAAUCUCUCAUUUCCAGUGCUGGAGAAGGACUGUUUUCAAAAGUGGCUGCGGGACCCAAUACUGUUAUGUCUUUUUACAAUGGAGUCCGAAUUACACACCAAGAGGUCGACAGCAGGGACUGGGCUCUCAAUGGGAACACCCUCUCCCUUGACGAGGAAACGGUCAUUGAUGUGCCUGAGCCCUACAACCACGUAUCCAAGUACUGUGCCUCCUUGGGACACAAGGCAAAUCACUCCUUCACUCCAAACUGUAUCUAUGACAUGUUUGUCCACCCCAGGUUCGGGCCCAUCAAAUGCAUCCGCACCCUCCGAGCCGUGGAGGCCGACGAGGAACUUACCGUUGCCUACGGCUACGACCACAGCCCCCCAGGGAAGAGCGGGCCAGAAGCUCCCGAGUGGUACCAGGUGGAGCUGAAGGCCUUCCAGGCCACCCAGCAGAAGUGA